AUGUCUCCAGCGCCGACAUCAAGCUCCCCGCCCGCCCCACAAGCCUCCGCAUUGCCCCCUGCUGCCAGCAACGAACACCGUACAACACAACCGAGCAGUGCGACCACACUGAGCGAAUCGUCGACGCUGAAGGUCAAACCCUUGCGCAAGCCCCUACUUCGCCUCGAGCUUCGAGACUUGUCAUCAGAUGGGUCGCGCGAAUUCUUGCGCCUUGUACACGCCUCGUCAGCUCUCGAAUCCGCAGUCGACACCGUCUUAAGGCUAUUGUACACCGACGUCGAAAAGUCAUCAUGCAUACCCCCCACGCGAUCAAUAACACUGGUGUUGCGCGAUAUGGAUGGCGUGGCAUACACGACCGGACUUGACAUUGAUGAUGACCAUAAAGAGAUCCACCUCAGCACCAAAUACAUUGAGCAUAUCUCGGAGUCGCGGCGAAAAGAAGAAAUCAAUGGAGUCCUCGUGCACGAGAUGGUGCAUUGCUGGCAGUAUCAUGGCGGCAACACCGCACCCGGCGGGCUGACCGAGGGCGUGGCGGACUGGGUGCGUCUGAAAGCAGGGUACGCGCCGCCGCACUGGAGACGCAGGGGCGACUGCGAUUGGGAUGCAGGAUAUGAGCGUACGGCGUACUUCCUCGAGUGGCUGGAGAACGAGCACGGCCAUGAUGUGGUCAGGAGGAUCAAUCAGGCGCUGAGGGUCUGUAGAUAUGAUGCCAAGAGAAUAUGGCACGAGUGCUGUGGCCACAGCAUCGAGAAGCUGUGGGAGGAUUACAGGCGGAGUUUAGAGUGCGACGAAGAAGACAGCAAGAAGACAGAGAACAACGUGGAAACCAAAGAAUCUCAACAAGACAGGGAACAGUCGCCUGAGGAGACUGAGUCGGAUGCGAUAGCGGGAGAUCAGAGGACACCGCGCGAGAAGGCACGAAGGGGCGGCAACAUGAUCGUGCCGGUGCGCCCAGGUGUAUCCUGA